AUGCAACUUGAAGUGGAUAAGCCUAAAUUUGAAGAAUUAGAACUUGAAACUUUGAUUGAAUUUCCUUUUACUAUGGUUGAAGAUGAAGACCUUGAAGAAUGUGUUAUAGGAAACAAUGAAGAUCAUGCCAUGGAAAUUUCAAUAGUACUUGAGAAAAAACAAUCCAUGGAUACAAUAGCGAAGAUCAAAGAAACUCAAAUAACGAAGUUGAUGGAAGAUGAAAAUUUAUCCAACUCUUUAAUUCCAAUUGUUUUUGUUGAUUCUAUUUGUCCAGGCACUUAUUCUUGGGGUUGUGAUGCCUCAAUCCUACUCGAUGAGACUUCCUCUAUCACGAGUGAAAAGACUGCAUUGCCAAGCAAAGAUUCUUCAAGAGGUUUUGAAGUCAUUGAGAAUGCAAAAUCUCAAGUAGAGAAGAUAUGCCCUGGUGUUGUAUCCUGUGCAGAUAUCGUUGCUGUUGCUGCAAGGGAUGCAACUGCAUAUGUCAGUAACCCAAUUUAA